GUUCUUUGAGAGUCAAAAUAAUAUAAUAGAAUAAAUGUUAGUAAUCUGUGAUUUUCGUCCAAAAACGCACCAAUUGGAGUUAGAUAUAGAAUGUAUCUUUAAGAAUCAGUUUUAAAAGGACACAUAUUGGUCUCAACAGUGGUCUAUGGCUGCAGUUGCUCUGAUCAGCAAUGGAGCAUGGUUCAAUUCAGUUGUUUCAAGAUAAUAGGGCGUUUAAGCUUGCUUUUAAAAUUGAAAUGCCAACCUAUAUGUAUGACCAAUCCCCCAUACAAAUGAAUUGCUUAAAUAUUUUCCGUUCACGUUUAGGUUGUGAAAAACGUUUCCAGCUUAAACUCCCUAUUAGUUAUGACUUAUCCAGUUGUCUACUAUUCACACAACUAUUUCCAGGAAUCAUAAAACAUGUAAAACAACAAGGCAUUAAUGCAACAUUUCACCACAUGCCAUUUGUUACAGACAUUGAACACCAAACACUGGCCAGAAAAAGGUUGAGAGACUAUAAUAAUGUCCCCACUUCUGGUGGUGACAUAAAACCACCAACUGAGAAAUUUCCAUUUUUCAUUUUUAAUGAACAUUAUAAAAUUGCAGUUAUCAGAUUAUGGUCAUCCAUCUGGUGGACAUCUACACUGGUGCUGGUGCUAUUGAUCCAAGACAUUUAUAUGAUUUAGGUCCCAGAUUAUUGCUAGCUUUUUUUCACAUAUGUAAAUAUCAUUUGAAUGUAAAGGCCAUGUUUUCCAAUUUACAGUAAGGGAGAAUUCACAAAUUAAAUUAAAAUUAUUAAAGGUUGUAUGUCAUAAUAACCAGGUUAAAUCAGUCAGUUGUUGCAAAGCAAAUGCAAGUCUAGUAAAUAAUGCAGCAUCCAAUUAGCCACCUCCAUGUGAAAGUAGAACAAUAUUUAUAAUUACACCUAUAAUCAAGGGAAAUAUGAUAUGUCACAUAUGUUCAUAUCAUGGCAAAUGGCUAAAGCAAUUACAGAUUAUAGGACCCCUAACACCAUGACAUUUAUUAGUGCAUUUGAUGUUCAUUUUGUUGUUACUCCAUCUCAUGAAGUAUUUUAUUGUAAUUCACACACACUGACAACAUAUAGUCCAUGUAGUUGACGAUAUAAGGU